GAGAUCACAACUACUAAUGAACCUUGAUAAAGAAACAACAUAUGAAAUAACAGUAGCAGCAACUAAUAAUGAAGGAGGUAUUGGAGAGAAUACUACCUACAUUAGAGCUACAGGUAGUCCAUUCAGUGUUGAUGAUACUAUUGAACUAAUGGUCAAUAGAGUUGCUGCAUUAACAUCACAAAUAUCAUGGACAGUACAAACUAUAAAUCAAAACUUAAGACUUCAGUACAGGAGACUAGGUAUGGAGUGGUCUAAUGAUAGACAGAUGACUUUCUCACCUUACGCAACCAAUCACAAUUUCCUUAACUUGACCUCUGAGACUACUUAUGAACUAAGACUGAUAACACUAAUAAUGGGAAGCUGUGAACAAAGGACCAGUAGAACUGUCAACUUUACUACCAUUAAGCUUCAGGUAGUUGUUAAUGCUAGUAACACUACAACAUUCACUGCUGGAGAGAGAAUUGUACUUACUUGUGAUCUUGAUACUGGUGGAGCUCCCCCCACUGAUGUAAUGUGGACGUAUAAUGAUGGUAGUCUUCCCUCUACUGCCACUGCUGAUGGUAAUACACUCACAUUAUCCUCCCCCUCAGUUGAUGACAGUGGUAAUUACACAUGCUCAUUCAGAAAUGCUUCAUAUACAUUUGCACUAAUGAUCAAUCCAACGCCACCACCAACCACUGAUACAAAUGCUUUACCUCAAUAUGUGGUAUUCAUAAUAGCAGGAGUAGUGGGUGCCAUCAUUAUAGUGUUCAUAAUUAUUAUUAUUAUCAUCAUCUGUUACUGUUGUGUGUGCAAGAGGAAAGAGGGUGCUGAUCUUGACUUGAAAAGAAAUAAAAGGGGUGGCGAUGGCAUGUGGCUUGAUCCAGGUGGAAGUGGAUUUUCUCCUCAAUAUAUAUCAACAACCAGGGACUCUCCUGAUUUUGGAAGGACUCCCGAGAGAUCUUACACUAACAAUUUUCAAUCAGCAAGUUCCUUUGAGAUAAAGAAAGGAAAAGGAGAGAGUCAAGAGAACCUCACUAGUGAAGCUCCAGAGGAACGCUACGCCAACACGAGCAAACCUUUUGCAGAGCAAAGAGUAGAGUAUGCAACUGUAGGUAGCUCAACCUUUACAAAACAAAGCGACGUAUGAAAAGAUGAGAAAACACACAUCGUCUAUUAUUAUUAUUAUUAUUAUCUCAAAGCUACUCAUUAAUUUUAGUUUUAAUUUAUAUAACUUUGGGUUUGGGGCGUGGCUGUAUUUGUUAUAGUAACGAGUUUUUUAAUCAUGUUUGUGACUGUGGUUUUUGUUUUACCUGCUCUUUUGCUGCAGAUCAAUUUUUAAUUAUUAUGACUAUUAUAGCUGGUUUUUGUUUUUUUUGUAUUUUCCCCUCCAUAUUCUAUUAUGCUAUUUUGAAAUUU